AUGGCCUGUCAGGCGUUCACCAGCGACUCCUUCACCACGCUGGCCACCGGAGACUCUUCCCUGCCUCUCCUCAUGCACCACGCCUCGGCUGGUGACUGCCUACCGCCCCCCUCGCACGGACACAACAUGAUGUCCACAGUACCCUCUGGCCUGUCCCUGGUGCAGUCCUCCAAGCACUCCCACAUGCACCUCGCCACCUCCGCCCUCGGCAACGCUCUUAGCAACGGACCCCCUGCCCUGCACUACCCCGUAACCCCGUGUCACUAUGGCAACCAGCAGGCCACCUACGGCAUGAUGGCAGGUUCCCUAGCUCCUUGCUUGUAUAAGUUCCCAGAACAUGGAGGUCUGAGCAGCGGCUCUUGCACCUUGAACCACGGUUUCCCCUCCCUGCCGCCAGCCUUGCUCUCAGACGAGCUUCACGUCCUGGGGGACGUGAAGGCCUGUGCAGACCUCCAAAGAAGAACCGGUUCCAGACCCCCUGAAGAACACCCCAUUGUGGACUCGCCCCAGAUCAGAGAGCUGGAGAGGUUUGCCAAUGACUUCAAGCUGCGCAGGAUCAAACUGGGAUACACCCAGACCAACGUGGGUGAGGCUCUGGCAGCUGUGCACGGCUCCGAGUUCAGUCAGACCACCAUCUGUCGCUUCGAGAACCUCCAGCUCAGCUUCAAGAACGCCUGCAAGCUGAAGGCCAUUCUGGCUAAAUGGCUGGUGGAGGCCGAACAGGCUGGUGCCCUAUAUAAUGAGAAGAUGGGCAUGAAUGAACGCAAGAGGAAGCGCAGAACCACUAUCAGUAUGGGAGCAAAAGAGGCCUUGGAGCGCAGCUUCAUGGAGAAGAGCAAGCCCUCGUCACAGGAGAUCCUGCGCAUGGCUGAGGGACUGCACCUGGAGAAGGAGGUCGUCCGCGUGUGGUUCUGUAACCGCCGGCAACGGGAGAAGCGAGUGAAGACGAGCCUCCACCUAAGCUGCUACCUGUCUAAAGAGAGCCAAGGCUGUAGGUAG